AUGGACGCCUCGCAAAUUCAGGUCAAGGUCAUCUUCACCACUGAUGAGCAGGAUUUGCAACUCCCCGAGACCAAGAGACAAUUGCUCGUCCCAGCAGAUAUCAAGCGAUAUGGCCUUUCUCGAAUCCUCAACUCCGAGUCCAUGUUGGACACGUCCUCUCCCAUACCUCUAGAUUUCCUCGCCAACGGCACCUAUUUGCGCACCUCCAUCCAAGAUUACCUCCAGGCCAACGGUCUGUCGACCGAAAAGACUCUCAAGCUCCAAUACGUGCGCAGCUUGAUUCCGCCCGUCUACCAAGCCAGCUUUCACCACGACGACUGGGUCGGCAGCGUCGAUGUUUUAUCGGCCACGGCUCCCGCGGCAAAGGGCUUAGACGGCGCCGUUGCUGAUAGGGUUGCCAGCGCUUCGUACGAUGGCCUUGUCCGAAUCUGGAACCCCUCGGGCGACGCGAUUGCCACAUCGGGUGCCGGCCGAGGUGGUGGCCACACAGCCAGACUCGACGCUGUGCGGUGGCUGUCUCCCACUAAACUCGUCUCGGCCGGUUUGGAUAGGAAGCUUGUCGUGUGGGAUUACUCAGAGUCGGAGGACGGAGUCUCCGGGUCGUUGAAGCACAGCAUGGAACUCUGGGGCCACCAGAAGAAUGUCAAUGCCCUCGACGUCAACUGCUCGACAAAACGCAUACUCUCUGCUUCAUCUGAUGGCAGUGUUGGCCUCUGGACCUCGUCCAAGCGCACGGCUCCCCAGGCGGAGCCGGAAAGCCUGCCGAGUGCCCAUUCCUCCAAGCGUGCCAAACUGUCCGCUGCCGCGACAACGGCUCAGCGUGGCCCUCUGGCCAUGAUGCCCAUGCACGAUUCUCAGGUCACUGCCGCGAUAUUCCACCCCAACGAUGCAACUGUUGCGUAUUCCGCGUCGCAAGACCACACCGUCAAGACCAUCGACCUGACCACCCAGACGGAAGUUUCCAGAUUAACAACCAUGAACCCCAUCAUGUGUGCGGCUGCCCUGAAGAAUUCGCUCAUCGCAGCCGGCUCCUCCGCGAGACACAUUACUCUCCUGGACCCGAGGGAGUCGUCGGCCUCCACAGCAGCCAUGACCCUUCGAGGACACAUAAACAUGGUCGUGUCUCUAAGUCCGUCCCCCGAUAACGAAUACUCGCUGGUAUCUGGCUCACACGAUAGUACCUGCCGGGUAUGGGAUCUCCGAAGCGUACGCCAAGCUACCACAGAAGAAGGAAGAGGUGUGGUAAGCGAACCGGUAUACACGGUCGGCAGGGAAUGGCUCAGCGGCAAAAAGCUCCCCCCCGCCGGUGACGGCGCCAAGGUGCUGAGUGUUGUGUGGGACAAGUCAUGGGGAAUAGUCAGCGCAGGUGAGGAUAAAAAGGUUCAGAUCAAUAGGGGCAGAGGGCUCCUGGCUUCAUAG